UCUCCCCCCCCCCCCCCCCACGGUAUGCUGGAUGGUCUCGCCUGCCCCCACGCCCCCCGGUGCCUGGGUGCGCCAGCCGCCGCCGCGGCCCGAGAGAGCGGCCGGAGCAGGAAGCGCCGGACGAGCCCACUGCGCGGUCGCCGUGGGGAAGCGAAGGAGCGGAGGCGCCAAGAUGAGUGGAGACGAGAACCCAGCCAGCAAGCCCACGCCGGUGCAGGACGUGCAGGGCGACGGGCGCUGGAUGUCCCUGCACCAUCGGUUCGUAGCCGACAGCAAAGAUAAGGAACCCGAAGUCGUCUUCAUCGGUGACUCCUUGGUCCAGCUGAUGCACCAGUGUGAGAUCUGGCGGGAGCUCUUUUCCCCUCUGCACGCACUUAACUUUGGCAUUGGCGGUGACAGCACACAGCAUGUGCUGUGGCGUCUGGAGAAUGGGGAGCUGGAACACAUCCGGCCCAAGAUUGUGGUGGUCUGGGUCGGUACCAACAACCACGGGCACACUGCAGAGCAGGUGACUGGGGGCAUCAAGGCCAUAGUGCAGCUGGUGAAUGAGCGGCAGCCCCAGGCGCGGGUCGUGGUGCUGGGCCUGCUUCCUCGGGGCCAGCACCCCAACCCACUUCGAGAGAAAAACAGACGGGUGAAUGAGCUGGUACGGGCAGCACUGGCUGGCCACCCUCGGGCCCACUUCCUGGACGCAGACCCUGGCUUUGUGCACUCAGAUGGUACCAUCAGCCACCAUGACAUGUACGAUUACCUGCACCUGAGCCGUCUGGGGUACACACCUGUUUGCCGGGCCCUGCACUCCUUGCUUCUGCGUCUGCUAACCCAAGACCAGGGACAGGGUGGUGCCCCCCUCCCGGAACCCAGCCCCUAAGCAUCUGUCUUCCUACAUUAAAUUUUCAUUUUUCAGUC